AUGUCUCAUUUCUCUCAAAACACGUCUGACUCAGACGGUGAAUGGGAUGCAGAGUCCAAUGUUGAAUCUGUUGCAAUUCCGAGGCCAAACACCUCGAAGGGAGACUUCAUGGACGCACUCAAGGCGCUGCAAAUCCAGGUUCAGAAGCUCAUUAAGGAAAAUUGCACUCUUCGCAAGGAGAACAAGGUUCUCGUUGCCAAGAAGCCUAAACACAAAUGUCGCACAGAAGCUCCCGACGAACUCCUGGCCCACGAACAAACAAUCACACUCUAUGCUCGUAAAUACGCAAUGACCCAGGAAUCGGCGUUUUUGGACGAGCUAUAUCAACACUUCCCUAGUCGCUUACACAGUGUUAUGGAAAGCUCGUAUUUCAGCGAUCUCGUAAUGAAGUCCAUCUCCGAGGCUCGCUCAUCAGAAAUCAACAAACUAUGUAGCAUUGCGGGCAGUAUAUUUGACCUUCCGGGAGUAUACUUCAGCAAUACCCAGUACUGCAGAGCCGACGUCGCAGACAUACAGAAAAUGCUUGGAGUGUCAGCGACAAAUCCGAAGUACAAGACAUUUCCGCUGGUCCUGUUCCUUGGAAUGCAAGAGGACCCUACCUUGAAGACUGUGUUCGGAAACUGGGAACUUUUGGCUAAGAUUCUGAAGGCUGCACUUCGCGGUGUUACUUCGCUUCAUCAAGAGACCACUGGUGGACCAAAGACCAACACCCGAAAGUGGAACCUUGAACAUGUUACGCCAAGAUCUAUUGCGUGGGCUGCUGUCAUUGCAAUCUUUUUGCUAUCACCCGAUACUGAAUUUCAGAAGUCGGGCACAGGAAAGUCCUCUGGCAUCAACUACAAGGACCUUUUCUUUCACUACAAGAAACUCUCGCUCACCAAGUGGGACAGCUGCCGCAUCCAGACCAUUGUGCAAAACAUCGACCGAGCAGUUUUCGGCUCUGCAAAAUCUUCUACUCCUGCAGCCACUCAAGAAGAUCACUCCAGCGAAGUCAUUCACGCAAUGAACGCACUCGAUAUUGAUAGCGACACCAAGUCAGAUAUAUCUGAACCUACUCCAACAUCUUCCGCAGUCCAGAGUACCACUGCCUUUCAUUCCAACACUGUCAAGGUGGCACAGCCUCCCGCCGCUCUCAGCACUAUUUCGUCACUUAGUACCACCUCCACUCUCAGUGCUACUUUCCGAGCUACUGUUCAGGGUGAUGCGGCAGUUCCAGCAGCUACUAAUACAGUUGUAGUACAGGAUGCAGAUGUGGAACAGCCACCAGCUCGAGGGAGAGGGAGAGGAAGGGCUAGGGCAAAGAAGCCUGCAGCUACAGGUGUUCGACGCAGUGCUCGUGCUGCUUAG